CCUGAUGUAUAUACCUGCCUUAGGGCCGACCAGACCGUGCCGCAAGAAGUAGUCCGUCCGCCGCCGCUCGCCAAACUCGCACGAAACUGACGACUGCUUAGUUACAAGUAGAAAAAGGGACACAAGGUAGCCGAAUACAACAAGAUGCCGAAGCCAAUUAAGCAGGAAGGGGAGGACCCCGAUCCAACCCCGUACCUCUUCGUGUCCCUGGAGCAGAAGAGAAUCGACCAGACGAAGCCCUACGAUGCCAAGAAGGCCUGCUGGGUACCCGACGAGAAGGAGGGCCAUGUCCUUGGUGAAAUCAAGGCCACCAAGGGCGACGUUGUCACCGUCUGUCUGCCCGGCGGCGAGACUAAGGACUUCAAGAAGGACCAGCUGCAGCAGGUCAACCCGCCCAAGUAUGAGAAGGCCGAGGAUAUGUCCAACUUGACCUACCUCAACGACGCCUCCGUGCUCCACAACUUGAAGCAGCGUUACUACCACAAGCUGAUCUACACCUACUCCGGCCUUUUCUGUGUGGCCAUCAACCCCUACAAGAGAUACCCCGUGUACACCCAACGGUGCGCCAAGCUCUACCGUGGUAAGAGGCGUAACGAAGUCCCGCCCCACAUCUUCGCCAUUUCCGACGGAGCCUACGUUAACAUGCUUACGAACAGCGAGAACCAGUCCAUGUUGAUCACCGGUGAGUCUGGAGCCGGAAAGACUGAGAACACGAAGAAGGUAAUCGCGUACUUCGCGACCGUCGGUGCCUCCACCAAGAAGGAGGACAACCCGAACCAGAAGAAGGGCUCCCUCGAGGACCAGGUCGUCCAAACCAAUCCCGUACUGGAAGCCUUCGGUAACGCGAAGACCGUCCGUAACGACAACUCCUCCCGUUUCGGUAAAUUCAUCCGUAUCCACUUCGGACCCUCUGGAAAAUUGGCCGGUGCCGACAUCGAGACUUACCUUUUGGAGAAGGCUCGUGUCAUCUCCCAACAGAGUUUGGAACGUUCCUACCACAUCUUCUACCAGAUGAUGUCCGGAGCUGUCCCCAAUCUGAAGCAGAAUUGCCUUUUGUCGGACAACAUCAACGACUACUACUUCGUCUCUCAGGGAAAGACUACGAUUCCUGGAAUGGACGACGGCGAGGAGUGUACCUUGACCGACCAAGCCUUCGACGUUCUUGGUUUCACCCAAGAGGAGAAGGACAACAUCUACAAGAUUACCGCCGCUGUCAUGCACAUGGGUGGAAUGAAAUUCAAGCAGAGGGGUCGUGAGGAACAGGCCGAAGCCGACGGUACCGAGGAAGGUGAACGCGUCGCCAAGCUUUUGGGCUGCGACUGCGCUGACAUGUACAAGAACUUGUUGAAGCCGAGGAUCAAGGUCGGUAACGAAUUCGUGACCCAGGGUCGUAACAAGGACCAGGUCGCCUACUCCGUCGGUGCCAUGUCCAAGGCCAUGUUCGACAGGCUCUUCAAGUGGCUCGUGAAGAAGUGUAACGAGACCCUGGACACCAAGCAGAAACGCCAGCACUUCAUCGGUGUACUGGAUAUCGCCGGUUUCGAAAUCUUCGACUUCAACGGUUUCGAACAACUCUGCAUCAACUUCACGAACGAGAAGCUGCAGCAAUUCUUCAACCACCACAUGUUCGUUCUCGAGCAAGAAGAGUACAAAAAGGAAGGAAUCGACUGGGCGUUCAUCGAUUUCGGCAUGGAUUUGCUCGCCUGUAUCGAACUUAUUGAAAAGCCCAUGGGUAUUCUCUCCAUCCUUGAAGAAGAGUCUAUGUUCCCGAAAGCUACCGACAAGACCUUCGAGGAGAAAUUGAACAACAACCAUCUCGGCAAAAGCCCGAACUUCCUUAAACCCAAACCACCAAAGCCUGGCCAGCAAGCGGCGCACUUUGCCAUCGGGCAUUACGCCGGAAACGUACCUUACAACAUCACCGGGUGGCUCGAGAAGAACAAGGACCCGUUGAACGACUCCGUGGUCGACCAGUACAAGAAAUCGUCGAACAAACUGCUCGUCGAGAUCUUCGCCGAUCAUCCGGGACAGUCCGGCGGCGGAGACGCCGGUGGUGGCGGUGGCAAGGGAGGACGUGGAAAGAAGGGCGGUGGUUUCGCCACCGUCUCGUCGUCCUACAGGGACCAGCUGAACAACCUGAUGACGACAUUGAGGGCCACCCAGCCCCACUUCGUUCGUUGUAUCAUCCCCAACGAAUUGAAGCAGCCCGGUCUCAUCGACUCCCAUCUCGUCAUGCACCAGCUCACCUGUAACGGUGUACUCGAAGGAAUCCGUAUUUGCCGCAAAGGGUUCCCCAACAGGAUGGUCUACCCUGACUUCAAACUCCGUUACAUGAUCUUAGCACCGGCCAUCAUGACCGCAGAAAAGGACCCGAAGAUCGCCGCGGCGAAGUGCUUCGAGUCGAUCGGUCUCGAUCCCGACAGCUACAGAAUCGGUCACACCAAGGUCUUCUUCCGCGCCGGAGUCUUGGGUCAGAUGGAAGAGUACCGUGACGAACGUCUCAGCAAGAUCGUGUCCUGGAUGCAGGCCUUCGUCAGGGGAUACCUCUGCCGCAAGGACUACAAGAAACGCCAGGAGCAACGUCUCGCCCUCCAAGUCGUACAACGCAAUCUCCGCAAGUACCUUCAACUCCGCACCUGGCCGUGGUGGAAACUUUGGCAGAAGGUCAAGCCCCUCCUCAACGUCAGCCGUAUCGAGGACGAGCUCGCCAAAUGGGAAGAGAAGGCGACCAAGGCGCAGGAGGCUUUCGAGAGGGAAGAGAAGGCUCGCAAGGAACUCGAAGCCCUCAACAGCAAACUCCUCACCGAGAAAACCGACCUCCUUCGACAACUCGAAGGAGAGAAGGGAUCGCUCUCCGAGUACCAGGAGAAGGCCAUCAAGCUCGGCGCGCAGAAGGCCGAUCUCGAGUCCCAGCUCCAAGACAUCGCGGACAGACUUCAACAAGAAGAGGAGGCCAGGAACCAGCUCUUCCAAAACAAGAAGAAGUUGGACCAGGAGGUCGCCGGGUUGAAGAAGGAUGUCGAGGACUUGGAAUUGGCUAUCCAGAAAUCCGACCAGGAUAAGGCUACCAAAGACCACCAGAUCAGAAACCUCAACGACGAGAUCGCCCACCAGGACGAACUCAUCAACAAAUUGAACAAGGAGAAGAAGAACCAGGGAGAAGUUAACCAGAAGACCGCUGAGGAACUUCAAGCUGCCGAGGACAAGGUCAACCACCUCAACAAGGUCAAGGCUAAGCUCGAACAGACCCUCGACGAACUCGAGGACUCCCUCGAACGCGAGAAGAAACUCCGCGGAGACGUAGAGAAGUCGAAGAGGAAGACCGAGGGCGACCUGAAACUCACUCAGGAAGCCGUUGCCGACCUCGAGAGGAACAAGAAGGAACUCGAACAGACCAUCCAGCGCAAGGACAAGGAACUGUCCUCCCUGACCGCCAAGCUGGAAGACGAACAGUCCCUCGUUGGCAAACUCCAGAAGCAAAUCAAGGAACUCCAGGCUCGCAUCGAGGAGCUCGAGGAAGAGGUCGAAGCCGAGCGACAGGCUCGCGCCAAGGCCGAGAAGCAACGCAGCGACUUGGCCCGCGAACUCGAAGAGCUCGGCGAACGUCUCGAGGAAGCCGGUGGUGCCACUUCCGCCCAAAUCGAGCUCAACAAGAAACGCGAGGCUGAACUCAGCAAGUUGCGCAGGGACCUCGAGGAGGCCAACAUUCAGCAUGAGGGAUCUCUCGCCAAUCUUCGCAAGAAGCACAACGACGCCGUCGCCGAGAUGGGCGAGCAGAUCGACACCCUCAACAAGCUCAAGGCUAGGGCCGAGAAAGAGAAGGUGCAAUACUUCAGUGAGUUGAACGAUCUUCGCGCCGGAGUCGACCACCUCACCAACGAGAAGGCCGCCCAGGAGAAAAUCGCUAAGCAGCUCCAGCAUCAGCUGAACGAGACCCAGGGCAAACUGGAGGAGACCAACCGCACCCUCAACGACUUCGAUGCCGCCAAGAAGAAGCUGUCGAUCGAAAACAGCGACCUUCUUCGCCAACUCGAGGAGGCCGAGUCCCAGGUCAGCCAGCUCUCGAAGAUCAAGAUCUCGCUCACCACUCAACUCGAGGAUACCAAGAGGCUCGCGGACGAGGAAUCUCGCGAGCGUGCCACGCUUCUCGGAAAGUUCAGAAACCUCGAACACGACCUGGACAACAUCAGGGAGCAAGUCGAAGAGGAAGCGGAAGGCAAGGCCGACAUACAGAGGCAACUCAGCAAGGCCAACGCGGAGGCUCAACUCUGGCGUACCAAGUACGAGUCCGAGGGAGUCGCCAGGGCCGAGGAACUCGAGGAAGCGAAGCGCAAGCUCCAGGCUCGCCUCGCCGAGGCGGAGGAGACCAUCGAGUCGCUCAACCAGAAGGUCAUCGCUCUGGAGAAGACCAAGCAACGCCUCACCACCGAGGUCGAGGAUCUCCAGCUGGAGGUGGACCGUGCGACCGCCAUCGCGAACGCCGCCGAAAAGAAGCAGAAGGCUUUCGACAAGAUCAUCGGGGAAUGGAAACUCAAAGUGGACGAUCUGGCGGCAGAGCUGGACGCGAGCCAGAAGGAGUGCCGCAACUACAGUACCGAACUCUUCAGACUCAAGGGAGCCUACGAAGAGGGACAGGAACAGCUGGAGGCCGUCCGUCGCGAGAACAAGAACCUCGCCGACGAGGUGAAGGAUCUCCUCGACCAGAUCGGAGAGGGUGGACGCAACAUCCACGAAAUCGAGAAGGCGAGAAAGCGCCUGGAGGCUGAGAAGGACGAACUCCAGGCUGCCCUCGAGGAAGCCGAGGCAGCGCUCGAACAGGAGGAGAACAAGGUGCUCCGCAGCCAGCUGGAGCUCAGCCAGGUCAGACAGGAGAUCGACCGUCGCAUCCAGGAGAAGGAGGAGGAAUUCGAAAACACCAGGAAGAACCACCAGCGUGCCCUCGACUCGAUGCAAGCAUCCCUCGAAGCCGAAGCCAAGGGUAAGGCCGAGGCGCUUCGCAUGAAGAAGAAGCUCGAGGCCGACAUCAACGAGCUCGAAAUCGCCCUCGACCACGCCAACAAGGCGAACGCGGAGGCCCAGAAGAACAUCAAGAGAUACCAACAGCAGCUCAAGGACGUGCAGACCGCGCUCGAGGAGGAGCAACGCGCGCGCGACGACGCCAGGGAACUCCUCGGAAUUUCCGAACGUCGCGCCAACGCCCUGCAAAACGAACUCGAGGAGAGCCGCACGCUCCUCGAGCAGGCGGACCGUGGCCGUAGGCAGGCCGAACAAGAACUCGGCGACGCUCACGAGCAACUCAACGAAAUCGGUGCACAAAACGCUUCCAUCUCCGCCGCCAAGAGGAAACUCGAGAGCGAACUCCAGACCCUACACUCCGAUCUUGACGAGCUCCUGAACGAAGCCAAGAAUUCCGAGGAGAAGGCAAAGAAGGCGAUGGUCGACGCCGCCCGACUCGCCGACGAACUCAGAGCCGAACAAGACCACGCCCAGACCCAGGAGAAGCUGCGCAAGGCGCUCGAGACUCAGAUCAAGGAACUCCAAGUCCGUCUGGACGAGGCCGAGGCGAACGCGCUCAAGGGAGGCAAGAAGGCCAUCCAGAAACUGGAGCAACGAGUCCGCGAGCUGGAGAACGAACUCGACGGAGAACAGAGGAGGCACGCCGACGCCCAGAAGAACCUGCGCAAGUCGGAGCGCCGCAUCAAGGAGCUCAGCUUCCAGGCCGACGAGGACCGCAAGAACCACGAGCGUAUGCAGGACCUGGUCGACAAACUGCAGCAGAAGAUCAAGACGUACAAGAGGCAGAUCGAAGAGGCGGAGGAAAUCGCGGCCCUGAAUCUCGCCAAGUUCCGCAAGGCCCAACAGGAGCUCGAGGAAGCCGAGGAGAGAGCAGACCUCGCCGAACAGGCGAUCGCAAAGUUCCGCACCAAGGGACGUGGAGGAAGUGCCGCACGUGGUCUCAGCCCAGCGCCCCAGAAGGGUCGCAAGUUACCCGCAGCCCUGGAGUAGCCAGUCGCCGCUACCCCCCCACACAGACCCAUUCAACGACCCUUGUUCGACGGUUCUGCGUUCCCGCCACGCUUCGACCUCCAGCCCGACGGUGACCUGUAAGCCAAAACACGAGAACCCCCAUCAACAGAUUUUUCCCUGCACUCCACCUCGCCGUGAACGAUGAAAGAAAGAAGAAGGAAAAACAACAACAUCUUUGUCUCUCUCUCUCCCUCUCCCCCUCUCGCCAUCAAUAUCUGUACGAUAUGAAUAAAUAUUAUAUAUUCUA